GCGAGAGAGAGAGAGAGAGAGAGAGAAGGAAAGAAAAUCUGUCGUAUUCGCUACUUGAACUCAAAAGAAACCCCUCCUCCUCCUCCUGCGACUCGACUAGUUUGGGAUACUCAGUGAAUAAAACCACACUAACAAGCUUCGACCGACCGGAAAGAGGAAAAGUGUUUUGUUUUUUUUGCUUCGCUUUGAGAAACCAAAACAAACUUGGCGUCGUGAGAAAUUCGCUUCGGAUCUCGCAGCGAGGCUUCUCGGCUUGUUGUUGUUGUUACGUUUGGCACAGCUGAGUCGCUGUGACCUGUGUGGACUUGGCAGAGAUGUGUUUUUCUCAAGACACCAUCUUUUAAAUGGAUUAACAGGAGUGUGAGUCCUCCAGCAGAAGAUUGUGUCUGCAAUAGCAUCUUUUUACCUAAGAGCCACCCUGUGGCCCACGAGGUGCCCAUGAGGUAACAGUGGGACCCACCCCUUCAUCACCACCCUUGGUCCAUCUUUCCCCUCUCCCUCCCCUCCACCCCACCCUCAAAUCCUCCCAGCCAUGGGCCAGAAGAUCUCGGGCAGCAUCAAGUCUGUGGACGUGCGCGGGGAGCCCUCUUACCGGCCGGUGCGCCGUGAACUGCGGGGACCAGAUUUCUGUCGGCCCCCAAGGUUGGACCUGCUGCUUGAUAUGCCCCCUGCCAGCUCCGAGACCCAGCUCCGCCACACCUGGAAUCCUGACGACCGCUCCCUCAACGUCUUUGUCAAGGAGGACGACAAGCUGACCUUCCACCGCCACCCUGUUGCACAAAGCACAGACUGCAUCCGGGGCAGGGUGGGCUACACACGGGGCCUCCAUGUUUGGAGGAUCCACUGGCCAGCCAGGCAGAGGGGAACCCAUGCCGUGGUGGGUGUGGCCACUGCAGAAGCUCCUUUACACUCAGUGGGCUACACGGCCCUGGUGGGCUCGGACUCUGAGUCUUGGGGUUGGGACCUGGGACGAAAUAGACUCUACCAUGACAGCAAAAACCGUCCCGCCUCCACCUCGGCACCCACCUACCCAUGUUUCCUAGAGGCAGAUGAGUCAUUUGUACUUCCAGACUCUCUGACAGUGAUAUUAGAUAUGGACGAAGGCACGCUGAGCUUUAUGGUGGAUGGACAGUAUCUCGGAGUUGCCUUUAGGGGGCUAAAGGGCAAGAGGCUGUAUCCCAUCGUAAGUGCCGUGUGGGGACACUGUGAAGUCUCCAUCCGCUACGUCAACGGACUUGAUCCGGAGCCCCUUCCCCUCAUGGACCUGUGCAGACGAGUAGCUCGGCUGGCGCUGGGGAGAGAACGCAUCCACCACAUUGACACACUCCCCCUGCCACAGACUCUCAAGAACUACCUCCAGUACCAGUGACCACAUCAACCAACCACACACACACUACUACUACUUUUGCUGGUUGGCCGACCUCCAAAAUGAACUUUUAACAUAUUAACAUUGCCUGAGGAGGAUACUGUUGAUGAUGAAGAGUUGGUGGUGAAGAAGUGCCCUGCUACAAGGGUUUUGUUUACUCUGAAGGAGAGUCCCUCCUUUUUAGGAUGCUUUUAACCUUAUUUUAGGGCACAUUGUUGUGUUUUUCCUGGACAGACGGCCUGGCAGAGGAAAUGGCAAACGAGAUGGAGAGAGUCAGGAGUGGCAGAGAAAACUUGCCACCCAGCCUUAAUGCUCAGCAAGUGCACAGGUUGCAACUACGUGUCCGCUGUUAGCUUGUUAACUGUAGGAUGGGGUUAGACGAUGCAUUCCUGUGUCUGUUCUUCAUGGGCUCUGUGGAGGCAUGGUCUGAACAAGUUGGUAUUUAUAUCCGUAUUUAUAUUCCCAACCACACAGCAGGCUCUGCAGAGACCAACAAAACCCAUAGGGAUGAGAUAGAGAGAUGGGUCUAGAGGGGGUGAAAAGUCCACAAAAUAACUGUUUUGAAUGCCUAAGCGGAUGUGUACACUGGCACCACACAUAGACAGAUGGAUUAUGUGUAGAGAAUGUUUGUGUGUGCAUGUGCCCAAGAGCUUUCUAUGUACUGAUCUGCCCCAGCAGCUGCAGUAAGAUGACAACUCACUGGCACACAGGCUACAACCACCAACAGGCAUAAAAACACUACAUCUCGAGGCUGUUGUAGCAUGGCCUAGAAUUACUCCCCUCCAUCCUUAAUCUCUCUCUCUCUCUCUCUCUCUCUCUCUCUCUCUCUCUCUCUCUCUCUCUCUCUCUCUCUCUCUCUCUCUCUCUCUCUCGUCUCAAGCCUCCAAUGGAUAUGUUGAGCUGAACUGUGGCUGCCCUUGUGUCAACUCUAUAGCUUCUGUAAUGCUGAUUGAGAUUGAUCUGAAGGUGAAGCCGCGUCUUUGAAUGCUAAUGUGCGUACUCUGAGAUACAGCAUUAAAAAGCACGCAUAUAUCACUUCUGUUAUAUUUGGAGACAGGUGUUUUUUUUUUAUUAUUCUUAAAUGCUGCUUUCAUGGGGUUUUAGUUGUGUUUUUUUUCCAGCCAUCUUUCCUCAUGCACAUUUUAUCUUCAACAUUGAUGAUCUUUGAAACUUCCGGUCUUUUUACUUUAUGAUUUAAGGAUUCUGUUUCUAUUUUUUUGAUUAUUCUGUAUUGUUUUUCUAUGGAUUUGAGGUUUUUCUGUAGGACAGAGGGGUGAGGCGAGCAGGACAGGAAGUCUCGCCAGUGUAGGUGGAGGAAUGUGCUGCCAUGAGCAUCUUUUUAAAUGUGAAUAAAAAAUUUAAAAAAUUAAAAAAAACU